AGUCUACUGAUAAGAUGAAUGUUUGGCUUAUGACACGUAGAGUAGAUGACCCAGAGGUUAUCCAGACCUUGGUAGUUUCCAAACACCUUUGAUUGUAUUUAAAGUUUAUUUUUUGUGUGUCAACUAUCUUAAUUUGGCGUAUACUUGUGUGUCUUAUUCAAUACAGGAUGAGUUUAAUCGUCAACUCUCUAUGCUACCUGAGGAUGGUCGGACUUUGGAGGCUAGGAAUGCCAUUUUCCAUGAGUUGAUAGGUCAUGACAGACAUGGAUAUUGUCGCACAUUCGGGAGAAUCGUGCCUCGGAGAGUGGUGUAUAAAGAUGGUGCUGGGCCAUCACAGUCAACACCCCAGCUAUCGACUAUUGAUCAGAUCACGCAGCAGGUUCGUGCUGAGCUAAGGGAUGAGUUGAGGGAGGAGCUGCGAGCAGAGUUCUCUACACAUUUGCAGCAGAUGAGAGCUGAGAUGAUGGCCCUUGUGUCACAGGGGGCCAGUGUGGAUCCCAACAGACAGGUUCCUGAUGCAUCGAGUGGCCACCGGGCAUUUAGGGAAUCUGCAGAAGACGAGAAUCCAUAUACACCACCACCAGAAGAUCAGGUAUAAAAUUUAUCUUUGCAUUCUAAGCUAAAAUGCAUCUUUGCGUUCUUUACUUGAAUUCGAGGCGUUAACGCCCCAAAAUCAGCAAACGGCGUCGGUUUAGGACAAAACUUGGCACACACGACCGCCUAGGCACGAGAGACUUGUGGGAGAACACGGGGCUCGAAUCGGGUUCCCG